UCUUUUUGUUUUAUCAAAAUUUAUAUAUUAAUUAUAUGAUGGCACAUACGUUUCUACUUUGACAAAAUUUGGUUUUUUAUUUCUUAAAAUCAUAUAUUAAUCACACUAAUAAUUUUUUACAAGUUUUCAACAUUAAUCGGAUAGUUUUAAAUUUUUAAUCACUCUUACCAGAUAUAUAAUUUGGUACCAUAAAUUAUAUUUUCCAUAUAUUUUUUUAUUAACUAUUUAAUUAUUUAUAUAAUUAUCAUCAAUAUGCUCUAAUCUCGACCAUUAAUUUUUUUUUCAUCCAAUGGUGCAAUCUUUAUGUAAAAAGUGUUUUUUUACCAGUCAUGUAAAUAAUUUACUGUUUCAUACUAUGAUAUUGGCCUACCCCAUGAUGACAUGUGAUUUGUUGGGUUAUAGUCAUAUAGAAUUUUGUUUACCGAUUUUUAACAAGAACAAUAUCUUCCAUCAUUAACAUUGAGGGGGAAUUGAUAUAUAUAUAUAUAUAUAUUUAUAUAUUUUUUAAAAACUUGAUUGUUUCUUUGAUGAAUUGGUUUACAUACAGUGAGAGCUUUGAAUUCAGAUUUUGAUCAAUGGAAGAUAAAGGCUGACACCCGACAUUGGAAUAAAAGUGGGGAACCAUGCAGUGGUGCGGCCAUAGACGACGGCUAAGUUUGACGAUUUCCCAUUGAAUCUCUUCAUCAAAUGCAACUGCUCUUUCAAGAAUGACUCCCUCUGCCACAUCACCCACCUGAAAGUUUAUUCAAUGGAUGUUGCUGGUCCAAUUCCAGAAGAGCUAUGGAGUCUGACCUUCCUGUCCAAUCUGAAUUUGGCCCAGAAUUUUUUGAAUGGUUCUCUUUCUCCAUCAAUUGGAGACCUUACCAGUAUGCAAUACUUGUCCCUUUCAUCAAACAUCUUCUCUGGUUCACUGCCGCCAGAACUAGGGAAUUUAAAAAAAUUACAACAACUUUACAUUGACAGUGCUGGAUUUAGUGGAGAGAUACCUUCAACAUUUGCAAAUCUCCAAAGCAUGCAAACAUUGUGGGCAUCAGACAAUGAAUUCACAGGAAAGAUACCCGGCUUCAUAGGAAAUUGGUCAAAUAUUAAUACCUUGAGAUUUCAAGGAAACUCUUUUGAAGGACCUAUACCAUCAACUUUUGCGAAUCUUACUUCUCUAAUAGAGUUGCUAUUAAGUGAAAUAUCUAAUGCAAGUUCUUCUCUUUCCUUUAUCAAGGAUAUGAAGUCUUUGAAUAUCUUAGUACUGAGGAAUAACAAUAUCACUGACUCAAUUCCAUGGAAUAUUAUUGAGUACGAUAAGUUGACACUUCUUGAUUUGAGCUUCAACAAUAUAAAUGGACGACAGAUUCCAGAAUCUCUUUUCACCAUGAAUUCACUCUCAAAACUAUUUCUUGGAAAUAAUAGCUUGAGUGGUACCCUGCCUCAACAAAAAAGCACCAGUCUUCUUGUUAUAGAUUUGUCAUACAACAAUUUAGUGGGUAACCUUCCUUCUUGGGUCAAUCAACCAAAUUUACAACUGAAUUUAGUAGGAAGAAACAACUUCAAUAUAAAAGGUGCAAAGCAGAGGUUGAAGUUAUUUCCUGGAAAGCUUAAGUCCCGUUGGUCUGGACCAUUUACUGUGAUGGAAGUGUAUCCAUUUGGAGCUGUCCUAGUGAAAGAUGAACAAUCGGGAAGAGAAUUCACAGUUAACGGACAGCGACUGAAACACUAUUGGGGAGGCGAGGUCAACCGAGAAAAGACCUCGAUCUCCUUAAAGGAUGCUUGACAAUUGUAAUUUGGGGUGCCUACAAAAAGAAGAGAGAAAAAAAAAAAGUCAGAGAAAAAAAAUGAGGAACAACAGAUUCAAUGGCACCCCAUAUAAAAAAAAUAUAAAGAGAGGAAAAAAUAUAUAUAUAUAUAUAUAAUAGAUAGCAAUAACUGUUUUGUGUAAUUCUGAAAGGUGUAUUUUUGGUGCAGGUUAAAUUCUGGAAGGAAGUCAGGAUCUGGGAAAAUUUGGAAUCUGGGAAAGACAUUAAGUUUGGGGUGUAGGAGUAUUGCCCAGUUGCUAUAGCAAUCCGUUAGCAAUUGCUGGGCAGCAAGGUUCUGUGUAAUUCUGAAAGGUGUAUUUUUGGUGCAGGUUAAAUUCUGGAAGGAAGUCAGGAUCUGGGAAAAUUUGGAAUCUGGGAAAGACAUUAAGUUUGGGGUGUAGGAGUAUUGCCCAGUUGCUAUAGCAAUCCGUUAGCAAUUGCUGGGCAACAAGGUUCUGUGUAAUUCUGAAAGGUGUAUUUUUGGUGCAGGUUAAAUUCUGGAAGGAAGUCAGGAUCUGGGAAAAUUUGGAAUCUGGGAAAGACAUUAAGUUUGGGGUGUAGGAGUAUUGCCCAGUUGCUAUAGCAAUCCGUUAGCAAUUGCUGGGCAGCAAUUUGACAAAGCUGGGUUCAAAAACGAGAAGUAUCGGGCUUGAAGCUGGGGUAAUUGGUUCUGUGAGAAUUAAUGGGCACGUGGUCAAAAAGAAAGAAACAUUUUCAGUGAGCCAAUGAUUGGGAGAUAAGUAUUCAAUCAUUGGGCUUAUUUAAAGAAUUAGUGGGACCACUUACCUAAGCCCUUUCUUUUCUUGAAAUUUUGGGAAUGGCCCGUGGAAGUCAAUGAAUUAAAGAAUUAAAACAAAAAGAGAUCCAUUUGCAAAAUUUGUUUUUGGGGAUUAAUUAUUCAAGUCAAAAAGGGCCCAUGCAUUUUAAAUUCGGCCAGACCAGAGAAAUGGGUAUUGGGCUGACUUAGAAAAGUCAACUGGGCCCCUUGACCACUUUGACCCCAAAACACUCAGUGGCCCACUACAUCUCAACCUUACCCUACUGCAUCUUCUCCCCUUGGCACCAAGCACAGCAGCCGCCCCCCUCCACACCCAGCUCCGUCGCAUUAACCCGAGCCAACCACGAGAACCCCGACCGCAUCCCUCGACCCACCUGCCACAUACACCGUCCGAACCACCACAUUCCACGACCACCGGCACCGAGCCAGCUGCUGCGAAAACACCACGUGCAUUCACAACCGCAAGAUCCCAGUCAUACGCCGCCUCUGCCCAGUGACGUAAACCCGAGCCACUUGCCGCACUCAAACGAUCUCCACCACUCAGUCAGCCCUUUCCCUUGUUUACUCGUCCCUACAUACGAACCAUUCUCUGACUAACCACCAUACACAGCCAUUCAUUUCCACCAUUACCCAGAAAUCAACCAUCAACCCAGCAAUAUUCACGCCCUCUACCCGAACCAAUUGCGUACCCAUUACCCAGCCCCCAACCGAAGCUAUUCUCCUUCACCAUCCACAAAUGCCGAGAGUAAAAUCAGUUGCUCGCAAAGAGAAAGGCAAAAGGCGGCAGUUUAAUGAAGUGGCCAAGUUCUAUUGCCCAGUUGCAGAGGCAAAAUACAACAAUCAAGUCGUUCAUCGCGAGUUGUACAUGGAACGGGGACUCGUGGCAGAUUCAGAGGGCAUCAAAGAGUUACCUGAAUGGUUGCAGGCAACAAUCACUGAGAGGGGGUGGGAUAAAAUUGUUAUGACACCGAAACCAGCUCUCACUGAAGUUGUUCGCGAGUUCUACGCGAAUUUUUUAUCUCAGGAAUGGCCCACCGUAGUCACAGUGCGUGAAGUGCAAGUCCAAUUUACUGCCGAGGCGAUUAAUAAUCUGUUUGGGCUCGAGACAGGGAAAUGUGUGUUUUCCAAGAACCGAGGAGAGAUUCGGGGGGAUGAGUUGGUUGAAGUGAUGGAAAAUGUCGCUCCAGGUGAUGUCUGGGAUGUCGAUGAACAAGACAACUUGCGGCUUAGACGGACGAAUUUAGAGCACGAGCUGAAGUGUCUCUAUUCAUUUGUGCAGACCACUUUAUGCCCAACUUCGCACGAUUCCACUGUCAGCAAAGCCCGAGCUUUCAUGUUAUAUUGCAUUCGGAAGGGGUUGCAAGUGGAUGUUGGCACAGUCCUAGCGCGGGAAAUUUUUGAGUGCGCACAGCAGGGCAAAGGGAAGCUGUUUUUACCAGCCACCAUUACUGCCUUAUGUCGAGAUGCUGGUGUAUCGGUAUGGCCCGAAGAGGGGCUGUUGCAUCCUAGAGCAGCAGUGAGUUUUGGCCCGGCCCGAGCGUCGAGGACUCAUCGUGCCUCUGCCUUCUCCUCAGUGUAUGACCCUGCUGCCCCUGUCGACCAUGCCCUCAUGGAGCGGUUUACUCAGUACGAGAUGAUGCAGCACCAAAUGCAUCAUCGGCAGGGCGAACUAUGUGACAGAAUGCAAGCAUUUUGGCAGUACGAGCAGCAAAGAGACGGCAUCGUGGAACGUACAUUCAAAAAGCUAACUCCCAGGAUGGUUCCACAGUUCCCACAGUUCCCACAGCAACUCCUCGACCCAUGGACGGACUACUCAGCCCCUGCGCCCAAUCCGGAGGCUCCCGAUGAGGACUCCGAGUGAAGGGGGUUUCCUAAUCCUCAUAUAUAUAUUUUAAUUCUGUUUGCUGUUUUUCUGUGUUAGUGUUAGUUGUCAUAUAGGUGUUCGUUUAUGUUUCUGUUCUGGAUGUUAUUGUUUGUUGUUUUUGUGUUUUUGUCUGUGAUGAGAGUUUUAAAAGCUUAUUCUUUUGGCCUAGUGUACUGCUCGAUGAUGAUAUUUUUUCCAUUCGAUCCAUGCUUGUUUCUGCCUGGCUUUAUAUGCGGCCCAUUCAUGUUUAAUUGCUGGAUAUUAUGGAUGUCUCUGUUAGUCUCUCCUCAAUAGGGUAUACUUUUGAUUUUCCCACCUUACUUUGAUCUUUUCUGUCAAUGAUUGCUGAGCUUAUGCUAUUAGCAUCUAGAUUUGGUUAGUGCAUUUCCUUGAGGCGAAAUCCUAGCUCCACUUAUCCUUUAGAAAUGAUUUAGGCCAUCUUUGGACGAUUGAGCCUUCUUAGCCUUCCUUGUAUGAUAUGUGUUCCUUAGUCACCCACGUUUGAGCCUAUUAACCUGAUUUUUUUUUUUUUCAUUUAACCCGAACAUGCAUCACCUUUUCCCCGUUAAUACACUUUCCAUUUAUCUACCCACUUAAUUGCUCUCACUUGUCAAUUAUUAUUUUUAAGAUUAAGUUUGGGGUGAGUGUGGUGAGUGUAGCUUGUGGAGAGCUAAUUCUUAUUCAUUAUUUUAGCCACAUUGGGGACAAUGUUGGGUUGUAAGUUUGGGGUGGGGAAUUAUCUCACAAAGCAUACAUUAAUUAUAUGCAAAUUUUCUUGCUAUAUAUAUCAUCAUGUAUUAAUAUCUCUCUCUUAUGUUUAAUAUGUGUUUAGUGUUCAAAAAAAAAAAAAAACAGCAUUUUUUAAGAAGAGAGAUAGGAAUAAAAUUAGCAAGAGAAACAAAUUUUAUUUACAUAUCUUUGUGAGCCAAAAAUCAUAGGGAAGAGAUUCAAGAGUGAAAAGAAAAACAAAAACAAAAAUCAUGAGAAAGAGGCUUAAUUUUUGACAAGUGAGGUGGUUAUGUUUACGCUAGUAAACACAUCCUUUACCAUACCCUAGCCUAAGCCUUACAUUAUAAGCUUAAUAAAGUCCUUUUGAUCUAAGGGAUAAGUGAGACUACAUUAGUGGAGAGGAAUGCACUAAUUCAACUUAUGGAGCUAUAAUGAAAAAUCAAAGGGUAGUUGUAGAAAAUUCAAAGUUAGGUGGGAUGCACUUGUGUACACUAUUGAUUAGGCGACUUGGAGGAGAUAUUAAUGAUAUCCAGUGAAUAAAAGUUGAAAAGGGCAGCAUAUACAGUUAGGGCAGAAACAUUUCAUUAUUCCACUCAAAUCCAUUUUUUCUGAGAGCAACAAUGUCACUAGGCAAAAAUUUGAACCUUUUAAAUCUCUCAUCUGUUAUUUGUGUGUUGUGUUUUGUUUAUUGUUUUUACUGUGUGUUGUCAUUACUCGAGAACGAGCAAUAUGCUAAGUUUGGGGUGUUGAUAACUCUAAGAUUUAGAGUUAUUUUUAUGUCUUUAAACUUAAUUUUCAAACCAAAUCAAAGAGUAAUGAAUUGUAAUUAGUUGAAAUGGUGUCGAAUUAGUGUAAAUUUAUGUUAGGAGUAGUUGUGUUUGUGUUUUCAUAUUUUUAGUGAUUUAUGUAGUUUAUGUUUUGUUAUUCAGGUUAGGAAACAGGAGCUGAAGGAACUGUGAAUCAAAGGGAAAUGUUGCUGAAAAGGGGAGGAUGCUAACUCAAUAAUGUUGUAGCAAUCAGUCUUAGCAAUUAAACAGAAGCUAGAGAAAAAGGACUUCGUGAAAAAAAAGAAAUACUCCAGCUGGAUUAAAUGAAGAGAAAAGAGGCGGCCAGGUGGCAAGUGUACUGAGUACUGAGACAGCUGAGUAUGUGGGACAAAGUACAUGUAGGCAAAUGAUCUGGAUUGUCCAAUUAGGGUAAAGGAAAGUACCCUAGAAUUAAAGGAGGGGCCGUAUUUUUUGGAGGACGAUUUUUUUUUUUUAGAAAUUAAGAGAAGUUUUGACUAAGUACAGAGAAGGUUUCAGGGAGAAGAUUUUAGAAGAGUACGACCAAAAGAGAAAGAAGAAGGCUGAUGCCAUAAGGAGGAUUUGAGCUCACAACUCAUUCUUCCUACACCAUUUUUCAUUCUCUUUGUAUUAAUUUCAUCUAAUAUUCUGCAAACUCCAUGGAUUACUUCUGUAUUAUUUUCAUGUUUAAGUUUGCAACUAUGAACUAAUUUCCCAAGGGUUUGGGUGAUUAUGAACCCUCAAGUAUGAACUCAAUAUAUAAAUGCAAUGGCUAAGUGAUUAUGUCUUUGUUCAA